CUCAUUGACAAAUUAUCAACAUUUGUUCUUUUAAAAAUGCCAAAGGAAGACCCCGAAACCACUGCUUUGAAAAAAGAACUAACCGAUCUGAUAUCCAAAGUUAAGGCGGAUCAAGAGAAGCUUGCGGACGCAAAACUCGCGGAAAAAUGCUCCGAUCUGGGAGACGUACCCAAGAUUAGAUUCGUCACCAAGAAGACUCUGAAAGGACAUCUUAACAAAGUAAACUCAGUGCAUUACAGCGGAGAUUCCAGACACUGCGUCACGGGCUCUCUGGACGGAAAAUUAAUUAUCUGGGAUACUUGGAGCGGUAACAAAGUUCAAAUCAUACCUCUACGUUCUGCUUGGGUUAUGAGCGUCGCAUUCGCGCCGUCUGGUAACUUCGUCGCUUGCGGCGGCAUGGACAACAUGUGCACGGUGUAUGACGUGAACAAUCGUGACGCCACCGGAGCCGCUAAGAUGGUCCGUGAACUGGCCGGCUACGAGGGCUUCCUUAGCAGUUGCCGUUUCCUCGAUGACACACACAUACUGACUGGAUCCGGUGAUAUGAAAAUUUGCGUUUGGGACUUGGAAGCUGGUAAGCGUGAAAUGGAAUUUGAUGCUCACGCCGGCGACGUAGUCAGCAUUUCACUGUCACCAGACAUGAAGUCAUACGUUACCGGUUCCGUGGACAAAACAUGUAAGCUGUGGGACGUCCGGGAUGAGAAAGCAAAGCAAACAUUCUUCGGUCACGAAGCCGACGUGAAUAGCGUUUGUUAUCACAAUGGCGGUUACGCAUUCGCAACGGCUUCUGAAGAUAAAACGGCUCGCCUGUUUGACAUUCGCAGCGACCAGCAGCUGGGUCACUACACACCACCUGGAGCUAGCGGAUUCACAAGCUGCGCUUUGUCUCUCAGUGGAAGAUACUUGAUGGCAGGUUCGGAUGAUAAUUCAGUCCAUUCUUGGGAUACGCUCAAAGUUUCUCAUACAGGUACUCUGAACGGCCAUGAAAAUCGAGUGACGUCUAUUUCCGUUGCACCCAAUGGCGUUGCUAUGGCCAGCUGUUCCUGGGACUCGAGCGUCAGAGUUUGGGGCUAAAAUAUGAUCCACACAUUGACUACAUAAAAAAACCACAAUUGAUCCUGUUUAGAAUAUUUUCCUUAGCCAUGAAUAUUCUUCUUCUUCUUCUUUGUCGUUUCCUCAUUACUGAGGGUCGUGACCACCUUGGUCCAGUUUUUGCACCAGCUUCCUCCAAUGUU